AGAUACGCGUCCAAAGGGGGUGCUCACUGUGGUAGUUUAACGGCUCAGAUUACGAUUAGAUGGUUCGACCUGGCUGACCGUUUAGGCGUCGCGCAUCCGCGAACAAUUUUUAUAGGAAUUCUCUGUCGUGUGUGUCUGGACAUGAUCAAGGGAAACUUGUGCCCCGAACGUCUGAAGCGACUCCUGGCUGCCGAACGAAGUCUACUUCCGUGUAUCAAACCAGCCAGCUUCCGGUCGAAACGAGCUAAAGAGAAUGUGCGACAGAAACGGGAGAAGGGCUCUGCGCUGAAAGGAC